GCCAGGCUUCGGUCCGGUGAACAAGAGAUUAGUUUUACGCACUAUUUUUCCGACCCGUGUACAUACAUAGAUUAUUGGGCAGUUCUUUAAGUAUUUUAUCCGGUUAACAAGUUAUCGUGUGCAACAGUGCUUAGUGUUUAUGAGACAAAGUGGACGCUUUGCUGUUUAGUGGAUAGUAAGAGAGUUUUUGAAGAUAGACGCACGUGGAAGGGAUAGUGUGCGUGUGCGUAGGACAUGCUAGUAUGGCUUCAUCACAGAUCCAAGUUCGCCCACCGAUGGGUCUCUUGACCACGGUGGCCGAUUUGCCGCCAAGCUUCAAGGCGCAAUAUGUCCCCACCGUUACCGUCGCCGCCAUCGCUAAGCUCACCGCCGAGUCGCCGCUUGAUUUGACGGUGAAGCAGUGCUUCGGGGGUGCGAUUACGCCUCCUUUGACGCCAUCGCCGCUGAAAAAGCGAUACCGCGAUGAAAACGAUGAGAACCAUGAUGGAAAUCGAGUCAAACAGAUUAAGGUCGAACAGACAGAGCUUGAUACGAAGGAAGCCACACCAGUGAAACCAGUUAAAAACGGCGCGGCUCCAAAGAGUUCAAAGAACCCUCCUCCAAUGGUUCCUAUUUCGAAAGAGCGUCGAACGAAAGCUGCCAGGAAGUUAAAAUUUGACGAAGAAACAACGUCGCCAGUGUCCGGUACGAUUAUCAUUUCACUGGAAGAAGCCAUCAACGGCGAUAUGCCUCGUGAGUCCGGUGAUAUUGAUCCACAGUUCAACUUGGUGGAAAUAUCGGAUGAAGUGCGUGCUGAGUUAGCUACAAUUCCCAACGUGAUAGGUGCAUACAAUUGCAAACUGUGUCGAUUGGAAUUCGAGGAUGCAUUCGGCUUAGCCCAGCAUCGGUGUGCGUGUAUAGUUCUUCUCGAAUAUCGUUGCCCGGAAUGUAGCAAACGAUUUAAUUGCCCGGCAAAUUUGGCAUCGCAUCGUCGUUGGCACAAGCCAAGGGAUCAAGUAGCUAAGAAGGGUGACGGAGGAGAGAAACCCGACAAUGGAGAGUGCAAAUAUCGUUGUGAGCAGUGUAACAAGACCUUCAAACGUCCCGCCUAUCUGAAGAAGCAUCAGUUGACACAUAAUAAGGCUAAAAAUAAAUCCAAACAUAAUCAAUCAAGUGCCGAAACUGAAACAAACGCAACAAUCAUCACAGCAUCCGCUAGCUACCGUAGCAGUUCGGGUGAAGAAUCCAAUCACUCUACCAACAGCAGCAACACGGUCUAUGUAAAUCGAAUGACCGAAGCACCACAAACUGUGUUCACCGUAGUGGCCAGUGAACCUCCCCUGCAGCCGGAGUUGGUCCAUCAUAAUUACCACAUCACCACCGCCACUGGUGGCAUGUUCCAGUCGCAACCUUCAACCACGGAACCUAGCGAAAUGGGGGAGGAUGACGACGAAGACGAUGACUAUGAAGAGCGUGCCUUGGUGAUCAACGAAGACUAUCAAAUGGACCAGGACAUGGAGAUGGACCACAUUCGGUCGGCGUAUUGCAAUCGCUUCACCGAGGAAGAGAACAUUGCCGCCGCCGCGCUGGCCCAUCUUCGCAACGGACCUUCGGUAAUCCGCCACACGACCGCACUGGUCGUAUAAGGACGCGGAAGAGGAACCCAUAUACUCGUAAGUUGCCUAAAAACAAGUAGUUGCUUAAGUACUUUCAUAAUCAUUUUCUAAAGCGCCGUAAAGAUAGAUGAAAGAGGUAGAAGAAGAGUGGAAACGAGUCAUAGUGUUCUACUCCAAGAUUCACGCUUCAAAUUUAGGGUUAUCAUUUAUUUAAAUUGUACAUUUUGCGAAUCACAAAUCAGCAUCACACCAAAUGAAAACUUGCCACCAAGAGCAGAAGACUGUAUGUACAUAGCUUUAUAGGAAAUAAGACUGUGGAGCAAAGCUCUGUAUUUAUACUAGUUUCAAAAUUAGAUUUUAGAUCACUCGGGUAUGGACGAUUCUGUUGUUUUUUUAAUAUGUUCUGAAAGUGCUUUAAAGUUUGAGGGGGAGCCUUUUCGCUUAUUUUCACAUUAAAAUGCAUUUUAAAUUUUUUGAAAUUUUCAAAGCCACCAAAGAACAUUCGUUCAAAUUUUCGAUUUAAAAAAGAGCGUUUCAAAAAUGGGAAUUGCGAUCAAAAAUGGAACAAGCAAUUAAAAUUGUAUUCAAACUCUUUUUACAAACAAUAAAAAGAGACAAUGAUCAAUCAAAUGACCCUUAUUUUAUUUUGAUCCAUUGAUUUUCCUAUGAUAUGUUGUUUUUUUUUGCAGAAGAAAUCUAAAAAUAUGAUAAUUCUCAAAGUACGAAUACCCACAUUUCAGUGCUGCAUUCAAAUUUAACCACUGUAGCACUUUUUUCAGUUUAUCAACAUUACACAACAAUUUCGGUAUGAACAUUUUCUAAAAACUUAAGAAACCAUUUUGGUAAUUUGACAAUUGAGUUUCUCAACUUAUUAUACAACAAAUAGGGCAACUGUUUUAGUUUUUUGUCUCAUAGCUUAGGUUAACGAUAAAAGGGAAUGGAUUGUUUUUAUUAGCAACUCUUUUGAAGUUAUGAAUAUUUCUCGCUUAACUUUUCAAAAGGUCCUAAGUAACAUUUUUUUCAUGAUUUAAUUUGAGUAUUGCAAUCAACAGAUUGACAUGAAAUACGUUGAUUGCAUUAUUCAAAUUAAAUCAUGAAAAAAUGUUACUUAGGACCUUUUGAAAAGUUAAGCGAGAUUUAGUGUAUAGUUAUGUCUCCCAAAAACGCCUGCAUUAUGUCAGCUAUGCCAACAGAAUUGUCCACCCUGUCCAUACUUCUGUACAUUCGAUUUGGAAUUUUCCAAAGAUUUCUAAGUCACCCAAAGAUGAGUACCCAUCUAGUCAAUCAACUUAGCAUUAAGAUCAGAGCUUAUUUAUUAGUUUAUUUUCUAAAUCCUAUUUAUUUGAUCAGAUCUCUCGCUAUCCUUUCGAACAUCUUUCAGUAGUUUAAGUUAAUAGUUAAUAGAUCUAAUAUCAAUUUACGUUAGAAACCAUUCCAAGUUCAAUCGGAAUCGCGACGUGUACAGACAAUAGACAUUGCACAUAUAGAAGGAUUAAACAUUCCAUAAAAAAUGAAAGACAUUUAGUGAGAUAGGUUUACGUUUCAGCAUCUUCAGUUCAUUGCCAUGAUCAUUUUAUUUAUUCUCCCGGUAUGCUUUGGAAAAGUCAAAAGCACACAGGCGCAGGUUCGGGGUUAGCUUUUGCAAUCGAGUGGAAAAUUGUGCCAUAUUAUAAAUGUAGCAAAACAAAAACGAGAACGAACGUUCCCAAAAACUGUCAAAAGCUUCAAACAAAAUAGUAGGUUUACAAACAAGGAAGGAUUUAAAUCAUAGUGUAGGUUCUAGUCAACAUCGAACAACGAUGAGGUAAAGAUUCUAGUCAAGGAUCUAGUCGGCUUACUUGUGAAGAGUCUAGUCACAAUCAGUUUCAAAAACAAUUAAGCCAAAGUCAGGGUGUUACUUCUAGUCAACAAUAUUCUGGUCAAUUCAAUUCGUUCUAGUCCAAAAACUAAGUCAAUAUAUAUAGAUAGCUUUCAAAUGAUCUCACUCUAGUCUUAUUUUCUAAAAUUCGCUUAGCAUUCGAUAAGUUAAGUUUUAUUUAAAACAAUUCAUACGUAAUUAGUUUAACUUUAUUCCUAGGUUAGUAAUAGACGUAUUUUUUUUUUAAUUAAAAUUUCACAAUAAGAUUUGUAAAUAUAGAUCAACGAUCCACUGCUACAAAUGAGUUCCAUUACAAUUAUUUAAUAUGUACUUUAAUUAAUUGUCCUUAGUCUAGGUUUAUUUAUUUGUAUUACUAUUUAGAGCUACUAUAAUGGAGUAGAACACCGACUCACCACCAUAAAAAAUCAACUUAGGAAGCGAACAAUCAUUUUCUCUUCAUAUUAAACAAAACGAUUGCAGACAAAAUCUUGCAUUAAGAUCGAACAAAAUGACAUGUGAUAUUAGAUGAGUAAGAGUUUUUAACGGAAGCUAAAUCUUUACACACGUACACUUAUACAUGUUUCAACUUUUCGUCUCAAAGCAGCAAACGCGUACAUAUUUGUAGUAAAUUCUAAGGUUAGUUAAGAUGAACCAAUCAACAAACAAAAAAAUAUUUUGUAUCUUUUAUGCCUAAGAGUUUGAAAUAAAGUAUUUAUUGACACGAAAA